CCAGGGACGCUCAUUGCCAUGCGCAUUGAAUACAAACUAACAAAGUUAUUAAAAAGAUAACAUUUACAGUUCACAGUUCAGAUUACACCCUAUGCCUAUGGUUAUAAUGAUAAUGGUAAUCUUGUAGUCUUCAAAUACCGUCUUCAAUUGUUAUGCAACUAAAAUGACUUCACUCAGAGAUGCCAAUCUAAAUGCUAAGCCAGUAACUAAUGAACUCUUUAAACGAUCAUUAUAUGCAAUAUCUAGAAGUAGAAGUAGCAAUAUUGUUGGAAAGCCAAACAUUUCCAAUAAAGCUAGUUUAGUUAGCGAAACCAUCACCGGAACACAAACAGCAUCAAACACAACUACAAAGGUUUAUCACCAUCCAUGGGAGGAGCGAACUGUUCUUAGUGAUGUUUAUGAAAGUCCUAUUACUGACAGAGAACACUGGUGGAGAGCAGAGUUGAAGGUUACACCCUCGCCAGGAGCGUAUGAUACUAUUGAUUUCCUAUCAGAACUGGCCAAAAAACCCAGGACCUAUGCAUUUAGAGACCAAGGAAGAAAAGCAUUCCACACUGUUGAUCCUGGGAAGGGGGCUCUUCUCUUGCCUGGAGCUUAUAAGUGUACAGAUUUCCUGGAAAACCUUACAAAGAAACCAGCAACCUACAGAUUUAAAGCUGAGUCAAGGGAUGCUAAAGAUUAUCUUAAUUUUGGGAUCAAAGAUAAGGCUAUAAAUGUCCCUCCAAAUGCUUAUCUAGUGGAAGGUUAUCUGGCUGUGAAUGGAGAAAAGGCUCCAGUGAAAAACUACAUGUUUAAAUCUCAAACCAAAAGGUUUCCAACAUUUAUCUUCAGGCCAAAAGAAGGCCCUUCUCCCGAUGCAUACAAUGUGAAGGAUACAGCUCCUAAGAUGCCAGCAGUAACCUCUUGCUUCAGAUCAAAGACUCCAAGAUUUCAUUCAGUUCACUCGAGAGUUCCUGACCCUGGUCUGUAUGCCAAGACAUUCCAGCAUCCAAUGCCCAAUACUAUAUCACAGUUGGGGCGACAGCAUGGCUUGUUUUUUACAAGUGAAUUUCAGAUUUAACCAAAUAUUUGAUUGAAAUACUCUAACAUUUGUUUUAAUAACAGUAUUAUUACAGUAUUAUAAUAGUUGUAAUUAGUUUCUUUUCUAUGUUCACAUCAUUUAAUAAUUUUAAAUGCUUGAAUGGUUUUUGGUGUUGAGGUUGCAUUCUUUGACUUGCCAGAUUGUUUCUUCAUUGUAAUUUCAUUGUCGUUUAAUUUAGUAUUUAAAAUAUAAACAAAAUAAGUAACAAAACAUAAUAAAUUUCACUUUUAGAGUUCAAACCACCUAAACUAUAAAUCAAUUACCUAAUAUUUUUUAUUAUAUUGGAGAUUUUCAUGGAGGCAAGACUAACAUAUCAUGCACUUUGGUGUACAGUAUAUGAAAGUACUAAUAAGUGAAGUAAAAAAACAUACAAAAUUUUUGUUUUUUGCACUUUUCAGCGACUGUAGAAUCCAAUGUCUCAGCUCUUUGGCUUAUAGCUCAAAGUAAUUUGUUUUAUUUAGUUUGUAACAUUGAUUUUUUUAAUCCGGUGUUUUCGACUGUUUAUUAUGUCCAUCUAUUUCAUUAUCUCUCCCUUUCCUUUGCUUCAAUUUCUCAAGAUUUUCUUUUUGGGUUCUAUUUAAUCUCCACCACAUUUCUUUAUAUCACUUUCUCUUCUUUUUCUCUCUUGUUCUAUUUUUAAAAGUAAACAGGAUCCUAACACUCAGUAAACAAAGAGCAGAUCACUGUGAUUAACUUUUAGUCUGAAAAUACCCAGUUCUUAGUUAAAUAUAAUAGAAAGCGGCCCUAUCAGAACUGCGGCAAACUUUAGUCAUGCUAGAUUCUGUCCAGGCUAGAGAAAGAAAUGAAACCAGAAAGAAAUGUGCAUCCAUUGUCUUUGGAGCCAGCAAGGGGCUCAUAUAUAUAUAACAUAUAAUGUAAUCAUCUUCUUUUUUGAAGUAACGUCUGUAUCAUGUAAGAUAGAUAACAGAAAGCAUUUCACCAGUAUUACUCACUUUUCUUAGUAAUCUCAAAAUGUUACGAAAAAUUAUUAGAAUCAAAGUUGCUGUCAAAUGACAAUGAAAAGUCAAUAAUGAUAUUGCUUGCAAUAAUUUUGAGUUUAUACGAUUGAAAUCUAUUUUUGUUAGUUUGUUGUUUACAGGUCUUGUUUUUUUUUAAAGUGCAAAUUAGUUACAGAUACUGAUGAGCAGAGGUAGAUCUUGUAGUUUGAUUAAUAUAUAGAUGCUAUAAAAUAAAUAAUUUGAAUUAUCCAAAUAAUGUUUUGAAAUGUCUAGAAUCAACCCACACCUAAUUGCUGUCACUAUAUUUCAUGUUAUUGUGUUGUUGUUUUUUUUUAUUUUAGAAAGCAUUAAUUGUUUUUAAAAGGUUGAUAUGAUAAUUAGAUUUUUUCUCCAGUGUAUUUAAAUCUGUAUUAUUUUACAUAGUCUUUGUUUUGUUUCACUGUUGAAAAUGUAAAUAGUAUUGUAUAUUGGUGAGCUCUUCUCUGGUGUGAAACCAAUAGUUUUCUGCUUAAUAAACUUCCAAUGGGCGCUGCAAAUAUAAAGUUAUGAAAUACAAAGGUUUGAUGGAAAGCAUGCAGUUUUUCGCAAAUUUUGUUGGUUCGGCUGCUUUAAAAUUGGCUACUUGUCAGAGUUUAAGUCAUUGAUUAAAAUGCAUGACUAGAUUGACCUAAGGACAUGUGUAGGAUGUAAUCAUCUUCUUUUUUGAAGUAACGUCUGUAUUUUAUAAGAUAAGAAGAGAAUCUGUCAAAACCAGUUAUUAGUGAGUGCCUAGGAGGUAAAAGGAACCUGUGAAUCAAAUUUCAUGCGAAUCCAUAUGACAGUUUAAGAGACCUCUUGAUCAAUCAAUGAGUAGUAACUUAAAAAUACAUAGUAGAUUUAAAAGAUAUACUUUUUAGCUGCAAUCUUUCCUAGAGAAAAGAAUAUUAACAGUCAACAUGGGAUGGGUGGCUGAGUGGUAAAAACUGCUUGGCUGUCUAUCAAGGGGGCUCAGGUUCAAAUCCCAACUCCAGCUGAGCUGUGUUUGCUUAGUGCCUAAAGGCAGUAUGUUAACUCUCCCAGAUACCCCCUCUCCCCACAAGUCCACAAAAGAGAUUGGACCAGAGUGCACUGACCAUGCAAGUCUUGCUAUACAAAAGUAAUUUAAAAAAAACACUAAGAAUCAUUACUUGUAAUAACUUUUUCAAUUUCUUGUUUGUCUUUCAGAGUUCUUGCCCCUGGUGCUGAUUUUAAACUAGACAUUACAUACAAGUAUUGCAUGGUAUUAAUAACUGUCAAGUUUUAAAAUUGAAAACCAAAAAUGAAAUCCCUUAUUUUUUUUCAAAUUUCAAAUAAAUCUUAUGCAUUUUAAAAUGAACAUUUAAUCUACUAAGUCAGCUAUUUAGAUGGCUUAGGGAGACAUGUAUACUGCAUUACUUGUUAAGUCAAAACUCAGUAUUAUAGUUUUCCAUUUUACUAUUGUUUAUUAAUUACAAGACUUUGCCAAUGGUUGAUUUAGAUUUUCUUUUUGAAUCUAAAAUAUAUGGGGGGUUAUUAAAACUAAGCUUAUUAUUUUCACCUCCAAUUUAACUUUAUGUGGUAACAUUGUAAUUAGCUUUUAAAAUUAAUUAUGAAAUCGGUUUUCAAACUAUUUUUAGUCAGAUAUGUUAAAAAUGUGUUUUAGAUUGAUUAAUAACCUUCUCUUACUCACUAUUUGUACAGAAACCCAGAAAAACCCACACUUUAUUCUUGGUGUACUUUUAGUUUAUUAGCUAAUUGUUUGAAUCUUUCAUUCGGACUUAAGAUUACAAUUGGUUGGAUGCAAGUUGAAAGGACCUACUUUGUGCCCUUUCACUUUUCAUCUACAAACUUUCAUUAUCAAAAGCACAGGUUAAUAUUGACAAGCAUAAAGAAAUAAGAACUAACAUUAUCAAAAGCACAGGUUAAUAUUGACAAGCAUAAAGAAAUAAGAACUAACAUUAUCAGCACUACAAAACCAAGCAAUGGGUGGGUCAUUAACUGCAAGGUUUUCCUAAACUUUCAGAAAAUGUUGAGAAAUGUUUUUUAUUAUGUAAACUUGUAUAAUUGUUGAAUAUUUUUGGGGGGUUUCAAACAUUAAAUCUUUUCUAUGACACACAGUAUUAUUUUAUGUUGAAAAAAAUUUGUUGUUUUAAAGCAAGAAAUUAUAAACUAAAUUUUAUCAAUAUUGUAUUGCUAAAUUGUUUAACAUUUAUAACAAAAUAAAAGAGACACUUGAAAAUU